AACGAGACCAACCUCACGCGCCCGCCACAGAGACGCCGCACAACGCCUGCGUGACAUCCCCACCGCAACAAUGGAUCUCGACUCGGAUGACGAGACCCUGCGCAAGCUCGCCCUGGGCGACUCCAUGGACUACGCGUCCUGGCCCUCGCUGCUCUGCGACAUAGUUGCGCGCAUCGAAAAGAUCGCGCACAAUGAUUUCCCCAUCCCCAUCCUCCCCGCCCCGGCAAGGCUCGUGCCGCUCCCGAUGCCGUGUUUCUUCGACCCGCUUCCCUCAUCAGAUCCCAUAGGCCCCGCCGAACGGCCUAGGGAAGACAUGGAGGCGGAAAAGGAUGCCGACGCUUCACCGGGCUCGUCGCAGGAGACGAACAAGGAGAAUGCGAACCCAGCGGCAGCAGCCCAGGAGCCGGCCGCUGCCGCCGCCCAGCCAGCCGAUCCCGGCACCACCACCCCGCCGCCGCCUCAACCGCCAUCAGCCGCCCCGGGGGCGGCUGAAGUCUCGCCAUCGCAGCAGAGGCCGGAGCUGCCACCCCAGAUCGCGGCGCAGCUGGCAGAGAUCACGUCGACACUAACCAAGGGCUUCCCCUCGCACCCACCCCACACCAUCCAGCGCCUGGCCGAGCUGGUGCUGCGCCCGCGCCAGCACUACCGGUCGCUGCCAUCCUACCUGCAUGCUGUCGACCGUGUCAUUCAGGUCGCCUCAGGCGCCCACAUAUUUCCGCUACCGCCCGCCGCGCCCGACCCAGCCGCCAUGGCCGCCCUGGCCAACGGUGUCCUCGGUAGCGCCCGUCGCCCAUCCUCGUCUUCAUCGGCCGCCGCCACCGCCGCCGCUACCGCCGCCGCCGCCGCCUCCCCAGUCUCGCUGUCGUCGGCAAACUCAGUCCACCCGGGCUCCGACGAGGCUCUGGGUGGUGCCCUCUUGACCCCCAUCCCCUGGCUUACCCGACGCGCCGAAAGCGUGGAUGGCGCGGACGCGGCCCUGAGCCCGGAGCCAGACAUGAUGGACGGCGGAAGCAGCGACGACGGUCUCAGCGACACUAGUGGCAGCGGCAGCGGCGGCGCUGGGUCCCACCAGCCACACGACGCCCAGCAUCACGGAUCGGGCCGCCCGCGCCAGCAGCAACGGCUCAGUACCGAGUCGACUGAGACCAUAGAGGGUCCCAACGGCGUAGGCCAUAUUGAGACCGUUUCUGUCUCUGUCAACGGCACCUUCUCUCACCACGGCGCCGGGGCCGCCAUGGCGGCGGCAAUGGCCCGCGCCAGCGCGUCGGCGUCGUCCCUGUCAUCCGUCGGCGGCGAGAACCAGGGGGUGACGCAGGGCGAGCUGAUCAGGGAGGAGCAGCGCCACGGCGUCAUGCCCACAAACCAGGCGGACCGGAGGGCGGCAAAUGCGGCGUCGGACGAAAUGGACGACGUGAUCCUCCACGGCGUCGCGGACGGCGAAGCCGCCGAGGCGAAAGCGAAAAACGGCGACGGCGACGAAGAAGAGGCGCCGCACCUGCGGGGGCCAGAGCAGAUCGGACUCGCGGACACGGGGCUGCAGGCGGCGGGCACUAGCAUCCCCGCGCCGGGCGAGUCCGCGCCCCCGUUCGAGCUGGACCACCUCAACGUCGAGGCCGCCGUCGGCCGGCCCCGCGACGGCGCCCCGGCGCCCGCCUCGGACGACUCCGACUCGGUCACCGAGGGCGCCCCCACGCCCAAGAGGGAGGCCGACGGCUCGGCCGCGGGCGGAGGAGACCAGGGGGAGCCCCCGGCCAAGAAGGUCAAGGGGGACCAGGACGCGGCGGCGGCGGUGGGUAACGCGGCUGCCUCGGACGCGUCGGCGAAGCAGGGCGGCGACGCCAGUGUCGAUUUGGAUGGUGAUGUUUUAAUUACAGAUGAUGCGCAGCCAGCCACCUAGGUAGCUAGCUACAUACAUGGUCGACAUAAUAACGAGAGAGCGAGAAUGCGCGACGGAAUUGUGUUAUUUAGCGUAUAGGAUCGGUUUGCUCACAUCAGUUUGAGCAUCGACUUAUCUGCUUUCUUGUUUGUUCCAUCGCGGCCUGUCCCUAGAGAGCACAAGAUGUCCUGUAGAUACGAUUCCACCUAUCCCAGUAUGCCUGCCACAGCCAUUGCGUAUAUCAAUUUCUUAGGCGCUUGGCUCAUUACAUUGGUGGGUACACGCACAGGCACCCUACCAGUUUCCCAACUAUAUAAGCACCGAGUAUGUGAGGCGAGAAAUAGCAAACGGGUACAGGGCAAUAAUCCCAAAUAUCACAAAACAACCAACACCAG